CAGGGCAGAGCAGUUAAGACCUGGAAUCUCAAGAUGAUAUAUCAAGGUAUCAAAGAAGACCCCUCUCGACUUCACCUUGAUCUCUCUUUAGAUUCCCGUAUCCUGCGUAAGAAUACUAGACCCGAUUCCUCCUCUCCUCUCUAGCUCGUUCCCCUCACAUUUUUUUGUUAUAGUGUGUGUCAAUCGAUAUAUCGUACAUCAGAAACUCAUCGUUCAUCAAAUUCUUAUCGAUAUAUCGUACAUCAGAAACUCAUCGUUCAUCAAAUUCUUCUAAAAAUUAUAAAUCAUCAUGACUGAACGUACAUCAAGGAAGAAGACCGCGAGUGGAGAGAAAGACGCUGAUAAUAACUCGAUAACUAACAUGUUAACAACUAGUACUCAAGGAGAUUCUAAUAAAAACUCUGGUACAAAUCAAGGCAAUCAAGGGAACGUUAAGAAUUCAAUCCCAGGAAACCAAAGAGACUCGGAUGCAUCCAAGAGUCUUGGUUCAAGUUUAAUGCAAGACCAAGGCAAUUCAGAAUUAUCUGCAAUUUCCGGUCAAAAUCAAGCUGAUAAGAGUCAAGAAAUCGAUAACGAUAAUACUAUCAAUCGAGAUCAAGUACAAAGAAUUCAUUCUAUGUAUGUAGAAGAAAACGAAAAAGAGAAGAAUAAAAAUCCAAUCAUAAUAACAAGAGAUUUAACAGAAGAUCAGGAGUCAAGUACCUCAAACGAAAUAGUUAAUGCAGAGUUAUUAGACGUGAACGCAGCAUUUAAACAAGUGCCGGUUGCAAAAAAUGAUUCGGUUAUAUUAGAAGCGAAUGAAGAAUUCGACAAUGAUGUAGAUUUGACAGAUAAGAAUUCAGUGUUUAAGAAAGCUAUGGAGCUGACUAUGAAAGGAGAUAGUCAAAGCGCAACAAAGUAUUUAAAAGUGUAUGAAACUUUAGGACAUCUGGAUAUAGAUCAUCAAAGACCUUCAGCGAAGAGAGCAUCAUCAGCAAAUCCAAUCUUAGUCGAGAAUCAAACCGAACCUAGAGCUGAUGGUGGAAUUUUCGAAAAUGGUAUGUGGUUCUUCCCGAAUAGAACAACAAACUAUCAAAAUAGGAGCUACACACCAUAUUUUGAUAGAAACAUCAAGGAGUUAAGAUAUCCAAUUCCGUUAACAAUUUUUGAUAAGGACUGGCAGAACAAGGCCAUGGGUUAUCAUGCAAAGAAGAAAAUCAAAUCAAUUGAAGGAGAAUUGAAAAGUGAAGCUUAUACAGGUUUACCUUAUGCAGAUGAGUGGUUGUUAGACUAUGGAGAUUGGAGUAUACAUUAUAAUGGAUACAUCACCGCCCUUAGAAAUGCUAAGUUCACCAGAUUCGUCGAUUGGUCUUUGGCUCAUAAAUCGAACGUAGAGAAAGUUAUGUCAGAGAUGGGUUGGUUAACAGCUUUGAAGUAUGACAUGCGAGUCAGAGAAGAAGCUCUAGUUAAUAGAACUGAAAUUGAGGGCUAUGUAGCGCCUCCGAACAUAUCGGUAUUUAAUCAGGUGCUAGCAGAAGAAUGCUAUCAAGCCACUAGGAGCAGAAAUGAGACCUUAUUUACGAAAAAUCCAUAUGUAGAAGGAGGUGAAAGGUACGGGUGGGACCCUGCUACUGGAAAACCGCCAAAGAAAGUCGAUAAGAACAAUCAAAGUCAAGCUAAAACGUAUCAGAAAUGGAAUAACAACCAAUCAGCUGGAGGAAGCGGUUUGGAAGCAUCAACUUCUACAAGUUAUAGACCAUUUGAAAAGAAGAAAUUUCAGAAAGGUUAUUUAGGAAAUAAUUACGACGAGAAUUAUAAGGAGAAGAAAGCUGCAGCAGCAGCUAAGGGUAAACAACCUGAGAAGUAGGUUUCACCUCAAUUGUUUUUUUCUAAGUUCAGAUCUUAGUUGUUUCUUCUACAUUUGUAAAAUUCCUUUUCUGUAAAGACAUAGAUGUGCGGUAUGAAAUAAGUAAUUGAUAAACAAUGUCAUUGAUCUAUUUCAAGUGAAAUAGAAUUUGGUUUCAUUCAGAGACAG